AUGAGAGAAAACAUAGUGGAUCCCAAAAACUCAAGGGAUUUGAUGAUAGCAACCGUAGGAUCCUUUGUAUUUUUUAUUGGUAUUGCUGGUAACAUUCUAGUGGUAGUGGCCGUUUGGCGAAAGAAAUCUCUGCACUCGACAACAAACUUUCUUUUGGUUAACUUAGCGACUUCGGACAUAACAAGCUUGGUGUUUUCUCCCUUGUUAAUGAUCCCAAAAUAUGUAUCUUUCACAAACCAAGGUUCGCUGGCAGACUUUCUCUGUAUGUUCGUUUUCUCUUACCAUGUCAUACUCACGGCAAGCAUCGUAUCCAUACUAACACUGACUGUACUCUCUGUUGAGAGAUACCACGCUGUUGUCAAGCCGAUGAACAUUGGGAUGAGGCUACGAGAGGGGACCGUUAAAUAUGCUAUAGUUUCCGUUUGGGUGGUGGGAAUUCUACUUACUCUACCGAUGUAUAUUAAUUCUUAUUAUAAAGAAUCUUCAGAAGACUGUCGUCAUACCUCAUAUUGGACGCGAGCAGUUUCCAGGACGUACCAAGUCUUUUUGAUUUUAUUCGUUGUCGUUAUAGCUUUUGCUAUCACUGGUUUCUCGUAUUUUCACAUCGUCCGAGAAAUGUACUUCAAGAAAAAUCAACAGAACCUCGCAAGCAAUUCGGCGGCAGAAAGACUUCGUAAUCAGCGCAAACGUCGCGUUGUAAAACUUUCUCUAACAGUAACCUUAGUAUUCGCUGUGUUUCUUCUGCCGUUUGCAGUUUUAAUAACCAUGAAAUACUUCAAUGAAAGAGCUUACCGAAGCUACUACAAAAUAGCCGCCAUUUUGUUUUUCUCAGAAGCUGGUAUCAACCCUUUUUUGUAUGCUUUUCAAAGCGCAAUCUUUCGACAUGCGUUCAAACAUAUAUUGAAAUGUUCUUGUAGAGCUUCUAAUAUGUGA